ACAGAGACCCGAGACGAGGGUUGUAGUCUGAAGUGAUCGCGGAGGGAGCAAACGAUAGAAUUCGCAAGAUCUGUUGUAUUGAAAAAAAGAAUUUGCAAGAUCUGUUAUGGUCGUGACCGUAAGCUUUGCCUCCAUAACUUUUUAGAAGCUUUAUUCCUUCUCGUACAACAUGGAUCUCAACCAGCCUGUGGGUGAAAACUACGCCAAUCCAAAGACUUGCUUCUUUCAUGUUCUAUUCAAGGCUGCAGCCUUGGCAUUUUACAUUCUCUCUGCCCUUUUCAUUGAUAACUUUGUCAUCAUAUUUGUGGUGACUGUCCUUCUUGCUGCUCUUGAUUUUUGGGUCGUCAAGAAUGUCAGUGGGCGUAUUUUAGUUGGUUUGAGGUGGUGGAAUGAAAUAAAUGAUCUGGGUGAAAGUGUCUGGAGAUUUGAAUCCCUUGACCAAGAGUCACUGGCCCGGAUGAAUAAGAAGGAUUCCUGGCUUUUCUGGUGGACCCUUUACCUUGCGGCAAUUGCUUGGAUCGUGCUCGGAAUAUUCUCACUCAUAAGGCUUCAAGCUGAUUAUCUCCUUGUCAUAGGAGUUUGUUUGACCCUAAGCAUUGCAAAUAUUGUGGGUUUUACCAAAUGCCGAAAAGACGCUAAGAAGCAGAUUCAACAGUUUGCCACUCAGACAAUCGCCUCGCGGGUCACAUCUUCCAUACAGACAGCAUUUAGUGUUGUCUGAGUUAUCCGUCACCAAGGAUGUUAAUGGUAGCCGAACAAGUGCAUUAUAGGAUACGUUUUGGUGGUUUGUAAAAAAAAACAACUAUUUCUGCCAGCAUCAGAUUGGGCUGCGUCUGAAUUGAACUAUCGGAGGUGCGAGACGGGAUAUUCUGAAAUUUUGUACUUGAUCAUAUGUAAUGGAUUGAGUGAGACUGGCGAGAUUACACAGCAGAUACUAGAUGCAAUUUCUUUAUUUCUGAUGUAAAUCAUACUCGUCAUUUAUUAUUUUCCGCCGUUGGUAAAGAGAAUUUUACAUUUAGACUCAA